AUGGCCUGGCUGCUCUGCACAGUCUGCGUCCUGCUCUGCUGCCCCGCCCUGCUGCACGCCAAGGCUUCAGAGUACCAGCUGGAGUCGGAGACGCUGAGCAGAUGUGAGCUGAUGCGGAGUGCCGCUGCAGGAAGCCAACAGGGAGACGUUCCUCACUGUUCAGCUGAUGGCAGCUUCAGACCUGUGCAGUGCAGUGGGCGGAGUCAGGAGUGCUGGUGUGUUGACUCUGAGGGCCAGGAGGUCGCCGGGACUCGAACCAACAACUCUGCUCCUCACUGUCCGACUCCCUGCCAGCUUCAGGCGCUGCUGCGGUGUUCUCCCUCCGGCCUCUUUGAGUCGGUGCAGUGCGACGCCAGCAGGGGGCGCUGCUGGUGCGUGGACCAGGACGGCAUGGAGCUGUACGGGACCAGCCAGCGAGGCAGACCCCGCCGCUGUCCCGGCGCCUGCCAGGUGAGGUCCAGGCGCCUCCUUCACGCCGCCGCUUCCUCUCCUCCUCAGUGCGCUGCCGACGGCGACUUCCUCCCUGUUCAGUGUAAAUUCAUCAACACCACGGACAGGACGGAGCUGGAUCUGCUGCACGCCUUCAGCAGAUUUCCUGAAGCCUUUGAGACGUUCGGCAGCUUCAGGAGGUUUUUCCCGCUGGUUUCCUCGUACUGCUUCUGCUCAGACGGCCGCGGCAGAGAGCUGGAGGCCACAGGUGUGGAGCUCCUCCUGUCUGAGGUGUACGACUCGGCGUUCUCCGGGCCCGGUUCUGCUCGCUCCUUCUCCCAGACCAACAUCUACAGAGUCCUGCAGAGGAGGAUGCUGGGAGUCCGCCUGGCCCUCACCGGACACUUCAGAUGUCCGUCUCCCUGUGAGGAGGAGCGGCGAGCGGCCAUGGAGUCGUCCGGCGCCUUCGUCCCGUCCUGCGACGCCGACGGGUCCUUCCGGCCCAAACAGUGCCAGCCGGGGGGGCGGUGCUGGUGCGUCGACCCGGCGGGGCGAGAGCUUCCUGGGACCCGGCUGAAUGGAGACGCCCUGGUCUGUGGUUCUGGUGCCGCCGACUGUCCCGCCCAGCGCCGCCAGGCUCUGGCCCGGUUCUUCUCAGGCCCCAUCCGUCCUCCUGCAGAGUUCUCCGCUGCUCCAGCUUCCUGCCGCUCCCUCCUCCGUCCCCUCAGGGACCUGGUGCCGGACCCGUCCUCCUUCCUGCCCCUCUUGACCGAAGUCCUCCAGGGUCUCUUCCCCUCCGUGGGCGGAGCUCUAGCGGCGCUGACCCGCUCCACGCCCCGCCGCCUCCAGGAGAACCUGUUCGGAGGGAAGUUCCUGAAGAACGCGGCGGACUUUAACUUCAGCGGGGUGGUGGGAACUCGUGGCGUCCUCGGUUUGGACCGGCUGUCCGCUCAGAGCGUCGGUCUGCAGGAGAACCGGAACCUGGUCCAGUCUGUGAGCCGAGCCUUGGAGAACCCCGCCUUCCUGUCGGCCCUGCGGCAAACCCUGACGAGCCUCAGCGGCGCCGCCUCCGGGUCGCUGCAGCAGGUUCUGGCUCGUGUUCUGGGUUCCUGCUCUGAGGAAGAGGAGGCAGCCUUCUUCAUCCCUCGCUGCACAGCCAGCGGAGGCUUCCAGCAGGUCCAGUGUCGGGAUGCAGAGUGUUGGUGCGUGGACCCUCAGGGCCAGGAGGUGCCGGGGUCUCGGACCGCCGGGGUUCCGCCUCGCUGUCCGUCCCCUUGUGAGAGGCAGCGGGCCGCAGCCAUGGAGACGAGAUCCAACAUGGCCGCCGGCGCCGAGGUCCACGUCCCGGCGUGCUCAGAGGACGGAGACUUCCUGCCGCUCCAGUGCGUGGGACCUCGCUGCUUCUGCGUGGAUGCUGAGGGUCUGCAGGUGGCUGCCAGCCCAGCAGGGGGCGCUGUGCCAUGUCCAGACGAUAAAACACUGAAGCUCCAGUCGCCUGAAGGUGAACACAAACCCUGUCUUCGUGUCCUUCCAUUGUUCCUUGUGUCCUUUCCUUCUUGUCCUUCCUACUGUUUGUUGCUGGUCUCUAACCCCUGUGGAAAUAUUUGCCAUAAGAAGUUUGAGCUUCGGAGGUUUAACGGCGUGUUUUUGGCCUGUGGAGCUUUCUUCACCACCUUUAUCACCUGUCACCUUUCAGACCGCUGCUCCAAGGCGCUUGCUGAGGUCAGCACCUUCAGACAGGAAGUGGAAAGCCUUGUUGUCCUCUCUAACUCCUCCCACCUCCCUGUGGGAUAUGGAUUCCUAUUGGCCAAAGGUCUGAGUCUGACGCCAGAGGAGCUGCAGAUCAGCCAAUCAGAGGAGCUGAAGGUGUCUGAGAGGCUGCUGAGCCGCUCCAAGUCUGCGCUGCGAUUGGCUGCUUUCUCCACUGUUCAGAUGCUGCUUCCUCCUCAUCGUCGCUCCUACCAGCUCUUCACCCCACAGUGUGAUGCAGAUGGAGGCUGGAGGCUCACGCAGUGCCACCACAGCACAGGUCAGUGUUGGUGUGUGGAUGAAGACGGAGAGUACGUCCCAGGUUCUCUGAGCAGCCGCUCCCUCAGCCUGCCGCGGUGCCCGACUCGCUGUCAGAGAGCUGAGGCUCGCUCUCUGCUCUCUGAUUGGAUGAAAGCCUCUGACAUCACCACCGCCCCACCUUACCACCCACAGUGUGAGCAGGACGGCCGCUUCUCGGUGCUGCAGAUAGGGGGCGCUGCAGGCUGGUGUGUGAACCCGCUGACAGGAGAGGCGAUACAAGCCGCAACACAGAGCGCCGCAGGAGAGCUGACCUGUCCCAGCUGGUGUGAGCUGCAGGGUCUCCAGUGUCGCCCCGACGGGUCGUUCGCCCCGCUGCAGUGUGAUGUCACUUCCUGUUGGUGUGUUUCUGAGGAUGGGCAGGAAGUGGAUGGGACACGAACUCUUCGACAGACGGGACGCACGCCAUCAUGUGACCGUCCUCUUUGUCCCACCCCCAGCAUUACCCAUGGUGCACUGCUGUGCCGUCCAGCAUCUGCUGGACAUCAAAGCUGUGACCUCAUCUGCAACCAUGGUUACCAGAACUCACUUCCUGUUGGCAGCUUCCUGUGUGGGGCUGAGAGUCGUCAAUGGGAAGAAGAAGCCAGACCUUUGAGUGGAGCCUGUCAGAUCUCCCAGCCUCUGCAGUCGGUGUCUUCCUCUCAGCUUUGGUCGCUGGUGGAGCCCUGCUCUCAGAUCAGCAGUUUGCGGUCUCUGUUGAUCAACAGGCUGACCAGCAGGGGGCUCUGCUCUGCACAGCUUACGUCGGGCCGAGUCGUGAUGCUGUGUGACGACUCGUCUGUGGCUCUGCAGUGUGACGGCGGUGACUCUGUGAGCUUAACGCUCAGAUGGACCGCGGCCCUCUCUGACCUCCCAGACCUCCACGAUAUCACGAUAUUCUUAAACGAGUCCAGACUUUUGGAAGGAGUUCAGAGUAUUCUGGGUAACCUCGGCUCCGUGCUGACCUCUGACCCCAAACUGGUUUCCGUGUCGUCGCCAAGCUUUGGCUGUUUCCAUGGUUACCACCUGGACGUCGAUGGGGAAGGCUGCGUCGUUUGUCCCGCUGGCAGCUUCUUCCAGCAGGGGGCGUGUCUUCCCUGUCCUCAGGGAACCUAUCAGGAGGAAGAGGGGCGGGGCUUCUGCAACAAGUGUCCAAGAGGCUCCUCCCCUGCUGGUGCUUCUUCAGCCAAUCAGUGUGAGACGGACUGUGAGAGGCGGGGCCUGAGGUGUUCACAGAGAGGUGACUUCCUGCCAGCGCAGCCCGAUUUCCUGUCUGGCAGGUGGAGGUGUUUCAGUGGCAAAGGGGCGGAGCUUGAGUGGACCACCAGUGAAAAAGCUUUGACAGAUGAUGAGUGCUCAGUUCUCAGCAGGUUCCAGACGGUCCCUGGAUCAGACCUGAGGGUCGGCGCUGAAAACACUGCCGCCCUGAAGACCAUGAUCUCUGACCUCUCUACCUGUGUCCAUGCAUGCGCAGCAGAGCCGUCCUGCCACCAUGUGGCGCUGUUCGACAGGCAGACCCGGUGUGAACUGUACAGCCCACUGAACACAUUCUGCAACGCCUCCCAGCAGGAGAGAGGGUUUCUGGGUAAUCCUCGGGCCGAGCGCUUCCAUCAGCUGAGCUGCUCUCUGGGCGUCAGGCGCGGAGCUUCAGAUCUGCUCGUCCUCAGGAAAAACGGGGCGGAGCUUCCCCUGCAGCUGCAGCAGAAGAGUUUUGUGAGGAUGAGAAUGAGGAAGGCGGCGUCAGGUGUGUUCAGGACUCAGGUGUUCUCCUCCAGGACCACAUCGCUCACCGACGCUCAUCGUUUCUGCCAGGACGGCUGCAGCCGUGACGCCUGCUGCGACGGGUUCAUCCUGAACCAGAACGUCCUGGAUGGAGGUUCCCUCCUCUGCGGUUGGCUGAGAGCUCCGUCUGUCCUUAUGUGUGAGGAUCAAGACUGGGAUGUGAUUGGGCAGCGAUCGGCCAAUAGGAUCUGUGGGGCGGGGCUUACCUACAACAAACAGCAGCGAAGCUUCGUGUUCGACUUUGGAGGAGAGAAGUUCAGCAUCACUGACGACGCCCUGCCCGCUGACUCCAUGGAUAAAAAGGACUAUCAGGCCUCCAUCAUCAGCUUCCAGGCCAUCUACCUGAACACAGACCCGGCAGUUGUUGGUUCUGGACCUUCUUCCUGCCACGCAGCAGAGCUUACAGCCCCUCUGAACGCGUCGGUCCAGAUGAAGUUCCAGCCUCUGUCCGUCCAGGAGGUCCUCGUGGAUCCUCAGAGGACAAUCCCCGUUCUCUCCUUCUGGCUCAAUAAAAACGACUACAGCUCCCAGCAGGCACUGCUCUGGUGUCUCACACGUUGUGAUGAAGAGGAGCAGUGUUCGGUCGCUGACCUCAGAGACGCAGAACCAGACGGGUUCCUCCGCUGCUCCUUGUAUCCCGACACCAGAGUCUGCGGCGCUUACGACCAGCCCAUAAUCCGAGCCUGUCGCCCCCUGCUGGUCAGAGCGCCCAACAACACCUACAGCAAGAAGGUGGAUCUGAGCGGACCAGUGCAGAGUUUUUAUGAGCGAGUUCCCUUCCAGAAGAUGGUUUCAUACUCUGUGAGGAACCGGCUCACCCUGAGAGAGACCCAGCCGGUGUCUGAGGGGUUCAUGGAGUGUGAGCGCCGCUGUGACCAGGAUCCCUGCUGCCGUGGUUUCGGGUUCAUCCGUGAGACCGAGUCAGGAAAUCUCGUGUGUCUACCUCUGAUCAGUCUCGGCGUUCAGAUCUGCAGCAAAGACGACGCCACAACCUGGAGGACUCAGAACUGCAGCGGUUCUGGAGCAGAGAGCGACCCGGAGCCGUACGGCUGGUACCAGAAGCCCGUCAACCAGUGGACCUCAUCUCCAGCUCUGUGUCCUCCGUUCAGCCUGAAGAACCCCAGAAAUAACGUCUCCAUGGACGACUGGCGGCUCCUCUCCGACUCUUCGCUUCUGAUCGACGCGUCUCUCCCCACCUAUGAUGUCAUCCACCUGAGCCGUGACAUCGCCACUGACCAGGAAAGGACCCGGGCCUGGUGUCUCCAUGCCUGCCAGGAGGCGGAGUCUUGCGUCGCCGUGUCGCUGGGCGAGGCGGAGGCGGCUGUUCGCUGCGUCCUGUACCCUGACACCACCACCUGCGGACUAAGCUCCACCCCAGGUUCCUCAAGCCCCGCCCCCUCCUGCAGACUGGUGAUCAGAGAACCUGCCCCCCAGGUCUACCUGAUGACAGGGCGAGCGCCACGGGCGGCGGCCAUCGCCGUCCCGGGUCACGGGACGCUUCGGGGCGUUGCCAGGGAAACAGCGAUGGGGUCAGACAGAAGGACGGUGGUCCAGUUCCUGGGAGUCCCGUACGCCCGUCCACCAAUAGGACCGCUCCGCUUUGAGGCAGCGCAGCCGGCCGAUUGGACAGGAACCUGGGACGCCACUAAACCCAGGCCCGGCUGCAUUCAGCCAGGCGACGCUGAGUCCACCGCCUCCGACGAGGAUUGUCUCUACCUGAACGUCUUCACUCCUGCUGCUCUGAGAGGACGUGUCCCUGUCCUCGUUUACUUCUUCAACCCCUCAGCCAAUCAGGGCCAGGACCUGCUGGAUGGCUCCGCCCUCGCCGCUCUGGGUAACAUCGUGGUGGUGACGGCCAGCUAUCGGACGGCGGCGCUGGGAUUCCUGACCGCAGGCGGUCUCCACGGCGACUACGGCCUGUCGGACCAGGAGGCGGCGCUCCGUUGGGUCUCCGCCCACAUUUCCCUGGUGGGCGGAGACAACAGCAGCGUGACGGUGGGGGCGGAGCGUCGCGGCGCCGACAUCAGCAGCCUUCUUCUUCUCUCCUCCACGCCGCUGUUCCAGCGAAUGAUCCUGAUGGGAGGUUCUGUUUUCUCUCCGUCUCUGGUCCAAACCGCCUCAGCCUCCAGACGUCAGGCCAUCGAUCUGGCGCGAGAACUUGGCUGCGUGACCUCUGACCCCGCCGAUGACGCCCCGAUGGUCGCCUGCCUGAGAUCGAGCCCUGUUCACCAGCUGAACGCCGCUCAGACAAAGCUGCUGGCGGUGAGCGGCCCGUUCCAGUCCUGGUCUCCGGUCCGGGGGUCCGUGUCCUCCUCCUUCCACAGAGUGGAUCUGCUGCUGGGAACCUCAGAGCACGACGGUCUGAUCAGCAGAGCGCGCAGCAUAAAGGACUUUGAGGCUCUGCAGGGCCGGGCCGACGGGAAGACGGCGUUCUACGAGGCGCUGAGCCGUUCUCUGGGCGGAGCCUCAGGAAACGAGCUGCUGAAGGAGGCGGCGGCCUGGUUCUACUCUCUGGACCACAGCCCGUCCGCCGCCGGCUACAACCUGUUCUCCAGAGCGCUGAACAACGCCACCAGAGACCUGUUCAUCACCUGCCCCGCCCUGCAGAUGGCUCGCCACUGGGCCGGCAGCGGAGCCGACGUCUUCCUCUACCACCAGCCCGCCUCCAGCGCCCAGGACAGGGCCGAUGUUUCUGUUCCUCUGGACGUUCAGCUCAUGUUCGGGAUUCCUCUCCAGCCAAUGAGCUCGCAGCGUUUCACCUCCUCUGACCGACGCCUCUCUCUGGCUCUGAUGACCUACGUCUCCAGCUUCGUACGGACCGGGAACCCAAACCCAUCCCGUGUGUGGGCGGAGUCAGUUCUGCCCCGCUGGCAGCCCGUUGCUACCUCAGAGGCUCCUCCCACCUACCUGGAGCUCAGCCCCGCCCUCCGGCACCAACAGGGCCUGAGUCAGAACUCCUGCUCCUUCUGGAGGGAACUGGGAGCCAGGCUGACCAGAAACACAGGUGAGUUGGGGGCGGAGCCUGUUCAGACACCUGAGCUCCCACUGGCUGCACCUUCCAGCCAAUCACAGACCGAGAAAGAUGCCUACAACUGAUGACAUCAUCAGCACAGAAGCAGUCCUGCCACACAUCCCAUAAUUCAGUUUGAUUCCCACGUUUCUGUUGAUCCAUUCAGUCCCCAGUAAUCAAUAAAAGCAU